CGCCUAGAAAGAGUUUGUUUUGGAGCUGCCGAGGCCGACUCGUGACUCCCGCCCAGGACUGCGAGGGAGGGAGAUGGAGGGCUACUGGCUCUUCCUGGCGCUGCUGGUCUCGGCGCUGCUGCUCGGCUUCCUCUCCGUCGUCUUCUCCCUGGUCUGGGUCCUUCGCUACCGAGAAGGGCUCGCCUGGAACGGGGCCGCGGCCGAGUUCAACUGGCACCCGGUCCUCAUGGUCACGGGCUUCGUGUUCGUGCAGGGCAUCGCCAUUAUUGUGUACCGGUUACCGUGGACCUGGAAAUGCAGCAAAGUUCUGAUGAAAUUAAUCCAUGCUGGGUUAAAUACCAUUGCUCUGACACUUGUAAUUAUUUCAUUGGUGGCUGUUUUUGAUUUCCAUAACACCGCAAAGAUUCCUAACAUGUACAGUCUGCACAGCUGGAUUGGGUUGAGUGCCGUCAUUCUGUAUUCUCUACAGCUCGUUCUAGGUUUUGCAGUCUUCCUGCUUCCCUUUGCUCCCAUUUAUCUUCGAGCAAAGCUUAUGCCAAUCCAUGUUUACUCUGGCCUUUUAAUCUUUGGAACCGUGAUUGCAACGGUACUAAUGGGAAUUACAGAAAAACUUAUUUUUGCCUUAAACCGUGGACCUACUCCCUACAGUACUUUUCCAGAAGAAGCUACAUUUGUCAACACUCUUGGCGUUCUGGUUGUGGUCUAUGGUGGUAUUAUUUUAUGGAUGGUAACUAGACCCCACUGGAAGCGUCCGCUUGAACAGAACUCAAAAAUCCAACAAAAAAUUGGAGGAAAAUAUGAGAGUAAUGAAGAGGGGGCAACUAUGAAGGACCGCGAGGGAAUAGAGAAUUCUGAAUUUGGUAGUGAGACCAGAAAACAAAAUCUCAAACUUGAUGAUGCUGGACAGAGAUCAACCAUGUAAAGACAGCGGGUUGGAUCCAACCAGCUUUCCCAUUGGUGAAAAAAAGGAGAAGAGGGGUCCUCUUUUAUCACUAAAAAGGCUUUGCUGGGACUGUGGGAGUAUGCUGGGAGGGGAUUUGUAGGAAGAGAGGGCAUUAAGCAAGAUGGAUUGAAAAAGCUGGCUGGAUCCAGCCCACAGAAUAAUAUAGCAGUACAAUUUGCAGUACCAAAGAUCUCUCUCGCCAUUCCAUGUAACUUUUAGAAUAAUUGAUAGGCAUUAGUAAGCACUGUGAUUCUAGAAGGCCAUAUAUAUGCUAUAACUUUUCAUAUUGUAUCUUUUAAAAAAAUCCAGUAAAUGUGGGACUGAAAAGAGAUGUGUCUGAUUUUCACUGGCAUAAACCCUGUUGUCUUAGACUAUAUAUUGGCAGACAUCUCUAAUGAAUGGCUCUGCCUAUGUGACACUAGCUUUUCUGUGUCCCUCUCUUGGGAGAUUUCCAGAGUAACCAUUGCACAAAGUUUUGCCAAAAUGUUUAAAAUAUCUCCCAAAAUUGCUCUUAUCUAAUCUUCUAGAUGCAAAUUUGAACCUCAACUGAAUCUCUCACUGGUGGAGGUUAGUUGAUAGUCAUGGAUACCCUACACUUCCUUCCUAAGGAACUACAGACCUUUUGAUUGUUUUCUGAGCCACAAUACAACAGAGGGUUUUCUAGUGCACCACUGCCUUAAACAGUUACCCUGUACCAAGCAUAUGAAACAAGAUGCCUCUUUAUUUGGAUAAUACCCAAAUAAAAAAAGAACUACUUCUGCUUGUACUAUUAUCAGACAUUUGGAGAUGUAGUUUUGUAUAUGUUCCACUACAGUACCUUUAAUUAUCAUUGAUAUCCAUGUUGAGAUCAUGUGUUAGGGGACUUAUUUUACAAAACCUGCAAUAUGAGAGCAUAAUUUACUAUGGGGGCCAAGUUCUUCUGCCCUGGGUUACACUGUUCCAACUCGUUAAAAUAUAGAGUUUUAGGUAAAUCCUAUGGUUUCUGUUCCCCAGUUGGGGGCAGGAGUUCCCCUGCUUUUGUGAGCGCUUGCCUGCUACUGGUCAGCUGGCCAGUGGGAGGAAACUUCCUAUCCCAACAGCAAUGUUGCCGGAAAUAAACACGACACACCCAUGUCACCCAGAAGUAACAUAGGCACAUUGGUGAUUGGGGGGGGGCAUGCUUUGGUUUUUGAGCAAAAUUCUAUGUUUUGGGGCUGAUUUUCCCAUAGAGUUUUGCUCAAAAACCAGUGUGUUGUCACCGAUGUACUUACAUCACUUCCAGAUAUCAUGGGGAUGUUGUGCAAUGUCACUUCCAGUCACACAAAGACACUCCUAGCUGUAGUGUAACUGUAGUGAAUCCUAGAGUCUUGCCUCAAUACAAUGAUAUCACUUCCAGGUUUGUGCCAGAAGUGAUGUCAUGGCAUUGGCACACUGCCAGUUUCAUUGUCCUCGCUUCCCCUCCCCCUAAGCAUCUCCUGCUCAUUACUGGCUGGGGGCGGGGAGAAGCCUGUAAAAACGGGGGUCCCCCGCUGGGACCUAGGGAUUGUGAAGCCUACUCUAUUAGGCAUAAAGCACCUUAAAAGUUGAUUUGUAAGGGAGGCCUUACUUGUAAACACUAUGAAAGAAAGUCAAAAAUAUUUCAGGGAAUGUCAUAUAAUUUUGUAAAAGGUAAGCUUUCUUCGUUCUAAGCAAUGUUAAAUAGUGUACUUAGCAACUCCUUGUUUGAGGUCACAAACUGGCUUCACUUCUGAAAGCAUUAAAUUUCUCUGAAAGGAACACCUGUUUUGAAAAGUAUUUCUGAGGGCUGCUUGCCAAGAAGCACAGAACUAGACAAUCUAGAAAGCCUGUCAAAUGUUGUAUAUGCUUUAAAUCCCACAUAUUUAUUGCACCAAAAGACAACGGGGUUUUCAGAAAAGAUCAAAUUUGUGAAUAGAAACUGGGUGUCACACCACACACCAUUUGUCUAUCUUUGUAGUAGGCAUUUUGAGGCCUGCUUCUGGGUAGACUCCAAAAUAGAAAACAUUCAUUUUUAAUAAUAACUAAAUUAAUAGUUAACGCUUGUUUGUUCUAGCAUAUCAAACCAGAAACAAAGAGUUGAGUUUCUGAAUGACUACACAGAUCUACAUACAGAAUUUGCUAGACCAGGCAUAACUAGGAAAAAGAAAUAAUAAAGAGGCCUGUAAACCUGUCAGGCUGGAAGCGUCUUUUGCAGGCCUGAUCAGCUGACUUGCUGGCUGCAGGAAUGCUACAGUGAGCCAACAUGUAGGAAAUCUGAGCAUGGAAUGUAUGCCCAGAACCUUCCUCAUGGCAAGCUUCCAUGGCACUGAAUUUUCAGAACUAAUGCUGUUCCUAAAUUACUGAUGUUUGUCCAGAUCCAAGGCUAUGCUGUAUCUGCUUAGAAGGCCUAGGAGGGCCUGGUUUUGACCAAAUGAAUAUGGUAAAAUGUAUAUUGUUUGUAAUUUUAAAUUUAAAACAUUGAAGUGGCCAUAGUAACAGAUUUAUACUAAUGGUUGCCAUGUUUAUCAGCUCAAAUAGUUGAAUGUACAAUAUCAUUCAUUACAUAUAUCUGAUGAUUGCAUAUAGUAUUGUAAAUAAGAAUAAGCCCUGUAUGUGGUAUAAUAUAACCUGGCUUUUUAUAGGAAGAUGCAUAUCACCCAAAUUUUCUAUUACAAAGCAUUCCUUGCUUGAGUUGGAAGCCUAUUUGAAUGUAGUGCUUAGUUUACAAAGCAAAAGGGUACAACAUUUUUUGUUAUAACGUAUUUCUUUUUUAUAUAUUGCAAUAAAAGAUGUUGAAGUCUG